AUGGCAGCUAUACCGAUUAUUGUCAAACAUGCCGGCAAGCGCCACGAAGUCGAGCUCGAUCCUACGUCGAACGGCGAAACACUCAAGUACCAACUCUUCUCCUUGACUGGUGUGGAACCCGACCGCCAAAAGGUUUUGGUCAAAGGUGGCCAGCUUAAAGAUGAUACACUUCUUUCCUCACUUAAUGCCAAACCCGGGCAGACGUUCAUGAUGAUGGGCACCCCAUCGGGAGGUCAAGGUUCUGCUGACCUUGGUCGGCCAAAGGAGGCCGUCAAAUUCCUGGAAGACAUGACCGAGGCCGAGGUGGCACGACAGGAGGGUGCCACCCCUGCCGGUUUGCAGAACCUGGGGAACACAUGCUACCUCAACUCUUCCCUACAAACCUUGCGGAGUGUCCCGGAGCUUCAGGAAGAGCUCAUGCGGUAUCGGCCAAGUGGAGGAGCUGGACAGUCGAGUCUGUCAGACCUCAGCAGCUUUGGUAUUGGUGGCCUUGGAGGUUCUCGGGAUUUGGCCGCUUCUCUGCGAGAUCUGUUCAAGCAAAUGUCCGAGACCCAGGAGGGCAUUCCUCCUCUGAUGUUCCUCAAUGCUCUCCGAGCCGUCUUUCCUCAAUUCGCCCAACGUGACCGAAAUGGACAAGGAUACUCCCAGCAGGAUGCCGAGGAGGCUUUCUCCCAGAUCUUGAACCAGUUGCGGACUAAGUUGACCAUCACCGAGGGCGAGGGAGAGUCUGCCACUACGACCUCAUUCGUGGAUAAAUAUCUCGCGGGCCAAUUCGAAUCUGUCACCCAGUGUGAGGAUCCCGCCGCUAAGGAACUCGGCGAGCAACCGAGUCAAAGCUCUGGUGUUUUCUAUAAGCUUGAUUGUCAUAUCGGAAAAGAAACGAACCACCUACAGGAUGGAAUUUUGGCCGGUCUCGAAGAGGAAAUCGAGAAAAACUCUCCUCUUUUGGAGCGCAAUUCUGUGUACAAAAAGCGUUCUCGCAUCGCACGAUUGCCCAAGUACCUCACAGUCCACUUUGUCCGAUUUUACUGGAAGCGCGAGACACAGAAGAAGGCUAAGAUCAUGCGCAAAGUGACAUUCCCUGCCGAGUUGGAUGUUGUGGAGUUCUGCACCGACGACCUCCGAAAGCAGCUCAUCCCUAUUCGUGACAAGGUUCGCGAGAUCCGCAAGGAGGAGCUGGAAGUCGAACGUUCUCAGAAACGCCAAAGAGUUGCCGAAGAGCGUGCGCAGCGACAGGCGAAAGAGACCAACUUGGGCGACAGCGGGGAGCCAAUGCAGAAGAAGAAGGCCGCUGAGGAGAACAAGUCUAAAGUCAACGACAAGGAAGGCGACAGCCAAAUGGAGGAAACUUUCAAAACUGAUGCCGAGUACGAAGCAGAAAAAGCGGAAUCUAUCCGCGUUGCGAAGAGAGAGCUCCAAGAGCUUGUCAAUCAACGGGGCGCUGGAGACAGCGGAACCAACCAGUCUGGUCUGUAUGAGCUUCGCGCCGUCAUUACCCAUCAGGGAGCUAGCGCCGACAGCGGUCACUACACGGCAUAUGUCAAGAAACAGGAGCGGGAUGAGCCUCAGACAGGUAACAAGCGCCGCGAGACGGACGACAAGUGGUGGUGGUUCAACGACGAUACAGUGACUGAGGUUGAGGCACAGAAGAUCGAGACCCUUUCGGGUGGUGGGGAGUCACAUUCUGCCCUCAUUUGCCUCUACCGCGCGAUUGAGCUGCCCAAAUCCGAGUAA